UAUAACUACCCUAGACUAACUCACACACAGGCAAACAAUAAUGGCUUCAACAGUUUUUUUUAUUUCUCUCUCUCUUUUUCUUUUUGUCAUAUCAUCACUUGGGUAUGCCAGAUAUACCAAGCACUCGAUUCCUUCAACAACAACAAUCAUUUCAUUCAAACAACAAGAAGAAAAGCUAACAAGAUCUACCAGCUUGUUUCCUGAAGAUGAUGUUGGUCCCUACGAGGAUAACUCUUCAGUUGAGAAGGAAUUUAAGUUUCCUUUUCUUCCUGCUUCGGACCCUUUAAUUGAAAAGCUUGCUCGUCAUGUCGGUUACAUACGGCUUCCGCAUACUAUAGAUGCAAGGAUGUUCUACUACUUCUUUCAAUCACGGAAUAAGAAAGACGAUCCAGUUGUCCUAUGGUUGACAGGAGGGCCAGGAGGCAAUAGUGUCAUUUCAAUAUUUAAUGGAAAUGGUCCUUUUCAUAUCGAAAAAGAUCCCUCAAAUGACCUCUACCUAAAAUGGAAUGAUUAUGGUUGGGAUAAGGUAUUGUAUCAUGAUAUUAUUUCACUAUGUAAAGGGAAAAUUAAGUUAUUCGCUAGUCAAAAUCAACUCUCCUGGAGAAUUUAUAUUUGAUUAAAUUGAUAUUUUGUUAGAGCAUUCAUAUCAGAUUACCUAAACAUGUGUCUGUCUGUAAAAUAGAGAACUACUGUAGAGAAUUUAUCAAAAUUUAGCUCUACAUCUAAUUAUCUAGAGGUUCUCU